CAGUCUGCAAACGGCAGAGAGAGAGAGGUCCCCGCCCGAAAGAGUAUGGCGGCGCUGAUUGCGGAGUCGGGCAAUGGGAGAGCUCCGGGGGUGUAAAGCCGGAACGGAACGGAACGGAACGGAAGGGGAGGGGUUGCGGGGGAGAAACGAAAUGAGGAGGAACCUGCGUUACAUUCGAUGAAGAGAAAGAAGAUGGGGAGGGGAGGGAGCGCCGCCGUUACCUUCCUGUGAGGCGGAGGAGCGGCCUUUUGUCUCCCUCGGGGAGGGGGUGGGUUAUUUUUAAAUUUCGUUUCCCCCUCCUGAGGGAAAGUAGAAAGUGCGGGGUGGAAUAAGAAAGGCGGGGAGGGGGGGGAAGUUAAUUUACCCCGCAUUUCCUGCCCUCCGAUUUAAAAAAAAAGCCCCCCCUCUCCUCCUCCGCCGCCCCCACCUUAAAGGCGCAGUGUGUGUGUGGCAGGGGCGGCCAUGCGGGAGUACAAGGUGGUAGUGCUGGGCAGCGGCGGCGUGGGCAAGUCCGCCCUGACAGUGCAGUUUGUCACCGGCACCUUCAUCGAGAAGUACGACCCGACCAUCGAGGACUUCUACCGCAAAGAGAUCGAGGUGGACUCAUCACCAUCGGUGUUGGAGAUUCUGGACACCGCAGGCACUGAGCAGUUCGCCUCCAUGAGGGAUUUGUACAUUAAGAAUGGCCAGGGUUUCAUCCUGGUUUACAGCCUAGUCAACCAGCAGUCCUUUCAGGAUAUCAGGCCCAUGCGUGACCAAAUCAUCCGUGUGAAACGCUACGAAAAAGUGCCUGUCAUCCUGGUGGGCAACAAAGUGGACCUGGAGAGCGAGCGAGAGGUGUCAGGUGCUGAGGGCCGGGCCCUAGCUGAGGAAUGGGGCUGCCCCUUCAUGGAGACCUCUGCCAAGAGCAAGACCAUGGUGGAUGAGCUUUUUGCUGAGAUCGUCAGACAGAUGAACUAUGCUGCACAACCUGACAAGGAGGAUCAGUGCUGCUCUUCCUGUGUCCUACAGUAAAACACACUCAGAACAGCAAAAACCACAAACUUUGUCAGUUCCUGUCUGGGGAGAUGACCACCUCUUCUGAUCUAGGAGGCAACUAGAUUAUUUCUUAUUGCUGUGUAUAAAAACAGCAAAUAUCAAAAGAGGUUUAUGACUUGCUCAGUGCUCAUCCUAUAUGCUAGCAUCAAAACAAAAGCACUUUUGGGUUAUGACAAAACAUUGUCAGUUACUAUUUGGCAAAUUGCUGCCUCUUCUAAAUCAGGGGACCCACCAGAUUAUUUCACACUGUUGUUUUAUAAAAAGCAGAGUGUCUUGAUGAGAAGCUUUAUAACUGAUGACCCCUUCCUGUGUCCGACAUAAGGAGAAAAAACAAACACUUUGGGUUAGCACGAGACUUCGUAUUAGUUCCUGCCUGUGAGAUCUUGGCCUCGUCUAGCCCAGGAGACCCAUUAGAUUGUUUUGUGUUCUUGUUUUUUUUUGUUUUUGAAAGAAGGAAGGAAAUCAAGAGCUUUAUAACUAAGAUGGAAUUGGGGACCAGUGUCCUAAAGGCGAAGCUAAUGCUUUGAGUAAAAGCGGGACUUUGAAUUGGUUGUGAUCUGGGAAGUCUUCACCUCUUCCAACUCAGGUGAAUCUAAAGUGUCUCAUAUUGCUGUUUGUAAAAGGGGAAGAUAUCGACAAGAGGGCUUUAUAAUUGAUGAUCAGUGCUGCUCUUUGUUUCAUACCAUAAUAAGGUAAUGAUUCCUUUAAACGCAAGAAAAGACUUAGAUUGGUUGCAACGAGUGAGUUAUGUGUGUUGUGACACAGCUUCAAAAAAAAGAGCCAAUUAUGUCGUGAAAAUUUUUAAACUAAAAUUUAAGAUUGAGGAUUAGGGCUGCUCUCUGUUGUGUAAAUGCACUGAUUUUAUAUAAAAGGAUUUUUAUUUUAAAGGAGCAGUUGUUAUGAUGCAAGUAGGAUGCCCGCACCAGAUUGAUCUAGCUUCAGUCUUCUACAUUGUGUUACUGAGAAGUUAAAAUGCUUAUUGUAUAGUGGAGAGCCAGUAACUAAAAUGGGAGAGGAGAGUUCUCAGUUCAUGUCUUCUAUAGUGAAUCGGAAACAGCCUAAGUUCUUCAGUUGUUUGUACCUAAUAAGAUUCAUGGGCAAGCAAAUGUGCAACACAUUAUAACAGAAAAGAGUCUGUGCUGUUCUUCAGAGUCAGAGGAAAAAGCAGUGGACCUUUGUAACUCCUACAUCGCAAAGUCUAAUCAAGACCAGUAAUGUCAAGGGUUGUUCUUCAGUAUUUCAUCACCUUUUUUCACUGCAUAGUAUCAUACUUCUGUGAAUACUGCAGAGGUAAUGAUAGGUGUUAAGUUCCUCCCUUAGUGUCUAGGGGAAAGUACAAUGAAGUAUUGUGGCUGACUGACGAUCAUUGUACAGGAAAGAAUUGACUAAUUCACUUUUUUUUUCUUUUGUGGAUAGGAUGUUACCUUGCUCUGUACUCUUGUGUUGCUUUAUGUUGGGAAGGAAGAAAGUGAAGUGGCUUUAAUUUCUGUCAUGUAGCGGAGAAAAUUUAAACUGUCAAAAUAAAUUUAAUGAGCAACCAAUAAUCCAAUUUUUUUUUGCAAAAAAAUGAGCAGCUUUACAAACUGACCAGAUUUGGCUAAUUCCUUUUCUCCACUGUUUAGAAAGAUGAUUAUUUUGUUAUAUUGAUUAUUUGAGAAAAUGGCAUCCUGUUUUCUGAGUUUUUGUAAUACUUUAUAGGGAGGGUCAAGAAGAAUGCAGGACUCACUGUAGAAAAUUGAAGCUUAUUUCGAAAGAGGUACACAACAAUUAGGAAACAAAAAGCUUCCUGCUGAACAGAGGAAAAUAUGUUUCUAUUCCUGCAGGGUGAACAAAUUAAAACUUAUGAUGCUAAAUGUGAGAGUGGUAGUUUUUAUGCUGCCAUAAUACAUGGAAAUGGAAUGCUGGCUGAAUGGGAUUAGAACAGUCAGUUUGUUAUUUUUGACCAGUGCAGAAAUGAUGGGCCAAAGGGCCUUUUUCAGUGCUGUAGAUCCCUGUGACACUCUGAAGUAUCAGCACAAUGGCUAUCACUAGCCAGCUGUAAGGGGUUGGGAGACUAUCCCAUAUAAAAUGUCCUCAUUUCACCAUUGUGAUUUUAAACGACCCAUGUCACUGAGUGCUUCUUCAGUGAGAAGGUGAGGAGAGUUCCUUGUCCAGUCUUUGUUCUUGCAGGUAAGGACAAGGAAGUAUUGAGGAAAGUUGCCUCUGUGAGGUUGAGAUAAAUCUUCAGUCACGUUUAAAGACUCCUGCGGAAUAGUCCUCGCAGACUGUGUGGGAAGAGGAAAAGAAUAUUAUUUCCCAUUCCUCCAACGGCUCAGUCUUCUAAUGAGUGUUUUUCAAUGGGUGCGAUAAUAUAUGAAACUUGAGGAUGUGAAUACCUGAAGAUCACCUGUAACACGCUGGGAAGGUUUGAAAAUUCCACAUCAUGGAACUCAAUUUUUUUUUAAAUCACAUGUUGCAGUCAAUCCAGACAAAUAAGAUUCAGAUUCUUAUAUUGCACGCUGAAGAAUUUAUUGAAUUUAUAGCUUGUCUGUGAAAAUGAAAAGUCUUUGAAUUGAUCAAAUCUUAUAAAUUAGUAGAAAUUAUCCCUCCAAUUUCCUUCUUUCCUGACGCAGAAGUGGCAAAAAUUUAUUUUAUGAAUGGUGCUCAAAUACUUUUUUUUUCCAUUUUAUAUCUUUUGAACUAAGAAUAUAUUGAAUGCAUGGCUGAACACCAGAUAAUUACUAAAGUCUUACAUUGGAGCAUCUGUAGUGGUUUAAUAAAUGAACACAGUAGCAAAGUGUUUUGGACACUACAGUCUUAUUUUUGCUUGCUUUGAAAUACCUGGCAAUUGUUUGUAUUUUAAUUAUUUUAAAAUGCCACUGCUUAGAACCAGCAGUUGGAAUUGUGGAAAUGAGGACCAUUUUCUCCAAAGUUGACCCCUACUAAGGGACCUUUGUCAGAUCCAUAAAAGUUGUCAUACACUUGGAGGAAACAAGUCCUUGCGUGUAAAAUUGAUGCAUCUUGUAUUCAGAUUUCUAAUGACAAGAUUCCCAAAGGAGUAAAUCACAUGUCGGGUUUUAAGUAUGGUGUGCAAGUGAAAGCCUGAACAUGUUACUGGGCGCACCCAACAUGAGCAAAACAACCUGAUUCUCCAGAUCAAGGUUUUCCUUCACUUUAAGCUGUUCAAUUCUUUCAUGAAAAUUACAUCCUGCAUCUUCAGUGGUAUGUGGUGGAUUGUGUGACUUUUAACUGUUGCAAAAAGAUUUUCUUGAAAGCUGCAAGUUACGGGUGCAGGUUUCUUUUUUUAUAUAUAGCCCAAGAAGGUUAAAAAGACAUUUCUGUGAAUUGCAAUAGUUUAUUUUCCAUUUCCAGUACAUUACAAUAAACUGAAGGUGCAGUAAAUGAGGUCCAGUUUGCGUGAUUUUUUUUAAUGAUGAUGGGAACUUAACCUCAUUUUAUAAUGUACAGACUUUUUGUUGAAGCGUUCGGAGGUGUAUUUUAUUCUCUUGUUAUAUAUCAGCUUACGUUUACAUUUCCAAACAGUGUCUUGCAUUGUUUUUAUUAUUUACCUGAAUGUUCAGAUAUUUACAGCAAUGCCUCGUUUCAUAUUUAAUGACCCCUUAAAACUGAUUUGUAUGUGUGGGCAACAUUCUUUGCAACUCUUUCUAACUGGAAGUUAAAGACUAAUCUAGUAUGGCGAAUCUUCUAAACUAUUCAACGCUGCUUUCUUUGCAUUUUAAGCUGUAAAACGAAGUUGUGGGCUGUAGCAUUUGAUUUGCAAGCAGAUACUGUGCAUGUUCACAUGAACGUGCGUGUGUUUAAAGAAAGCAAACUUUUUUUAUUGCCGUUGUGAAUGCAGACAGAUUUUCUUUUGAGACUAGUUAUUCUUUGAUCUUCACAUGGAACUGGUUCCAGAAAAUGUUAAAUUUUGUGCUGAUACGUUUAAUGGAUAAGGAAAGGAACUGACUAUUUGUGUUCAUUCUGGACAAUUGAAGCUAGAUAAUACAAGAUUUUGCUAUCUUGUAUUGAGGAUCCCCUCCUACCCAGUGCUAAAUCAGUUUGCACAAAUUUUAAUGGCUAGCUAAUAAAUUUCUUUUUACCACAUGCAUAGCACCUGUUUCAUUGACUGGAGGGUUGACAUUGCAAAUUACCUCAUGCAAAUCUUUUUCAAGUUUGACAUGCUGCCUGUGAGUUGAGCUAACUGCCUUUUAAGCCAAAGGAGGCUCUUCAAAUUUGGAAACAUUUGCAAUGUGUUUAUGCUAAAUGCUUAAUAUCACAAAAGCCCUUUGUCUCGUUACUUUAACAGUAUUAAACAGCUUAAUCGAUUAAUUUUUAAAAGUUUUAGCAACUACAGAAAUAAAGACAUCUUCGCACAGUAAUAGGCACUUUUUGUUUCAGAAUCAGAUUGGGGAGCUAGAUGUUUCCCAAUAAGUUGUUCCAGUGAAAGAACAAAUGUGACUUUUCAUAUAGUACCUAAUCAUGGAUCACCAAUAUCGCAAAGCACUUUUUGUGAUAAGAAUUUUUUUAUGCAGUUACUGUACUGCAUUUGAAUCUUCUAUGUUGCCACACUAUUUGUCUAGUUUAAUACAAGAAUAAAAGUCAUACUUUUGGGUUUAAAUCCCCAAGAUCUCUAGCAUAUUUGUAUGAUUAUGAACAAUAUUUCUACUUUCAUAAAAUAGAACACAGAACAAAAUAUUUAUAGGACAUCUUCCAAAAUCCAAUUGCCCAUUCCUAAAAACCCUGAUAUUUAAUAUUCUUUAAUGUAGAACCACUGUUCUGUUAUCUUUAAGUGUCUGUUAGAGUAAUUAUGAAUUAAUUUUAUUGAAUGCAAAUCCUAAUGCUGCUUUAAUGUCAAGUUAGCUGUGUGGAAGUAAUUAUACUCCUGUUGUGCCCAAGUUUAGAAUAUUUCCUAUGUAUAGGAGUAGUUGAUUCUUCUAAAGAUGGUGUUGCUUUUGGAGCAAUGAGGAUAAUAAAAUAAAAAACUUCAUAGAUCUGGAAGCUUUCUUGUGUGUAGUUGGUUUUCCAGUAAAGUUAUGCUAUGUCUAUGCUCAGAUGUUGUUUUGACAAUGUAUCAUUUAUAAUUGCAUAAAGGGAGCUUUUCAUAGGCAAAUCUAAUUCCAACUUUUUUUCUUUUUGUUUGUUUUAUGAAGUGAGGUUGUAUUUAAUCACUGCUUCAGCUAGUGAAUAAACAUUAAGGGCAAAGCUUGACAUCUGUUAAAAUCUUGUAAGAGUGAAAUUGAAUAGGGACUUGUGAAGCUGUACCUAUAUAUUGGCAAUGAUUGUAUAUGAAAAUAUUGGAAUGAGUGUGACUCUCUCGCCUGUGUUAAACUACCAGAAGCUGCUGAACUGACUUGUUCCUGCUGUUCAGGCCAGGCUCUUAACUUGAAUUUGGGUAUCCGUUCCAUAUGUUUGUUUUUGAGUCGCAAAGUUCUGUUGGCUACAGUUUUCCCCUUGCAUGAAGUCAUUGAAUUGGAACCAUCUAAAUUUAAAGCUGCAAAAGGUAGUAUACCCCAUUUUAUUAGUCUUCUAUCCUGAGUUCUCGGGUGUCCAAGAUCCCAAAGUAUAUGGUUAAAUUAGGACCAGUUUGGUUAUUGGCCUUUACUGGAGGAAAGGCAAAGUUUGGAUAAGAUUAAGGUGCUAUCGUGGAGUUUUGGUGGGAGUGUUGAUUAAAUAUCUAACUGAGGAAGUCUUCGGGGAAAGUAGAAGUGAAAGAAUGUGAUCCAACAAGAUAUUUAUAAUUUAUUGUAAUUUUGUUGCUUUGUUCACCAGUGGUGCAGUAGGACUCAUUGUGGGUACUUGAUGAUAUACACACCAAAUUCCUACUUUCAAGAAGGAACCAGAAACCUCAGGUGCAAGUUCAUAUUCCGCUUGCGGAUUGAGAAGUUCCAUGUAUCUGCACCACAACAAAUGUCUUCAAAUGAAGAACAUUUACAUUGUUCUCACUAUUGAAAAUAGUUAUAACCUGUAAAUGACCAAAUACAUGUUUGAGGGAUUCAUGUUGGCUAGGAUGCAUGAAAAACAUGCCUGCAGUUAGACUUGUGCUAGGAGGCCUUUUUAAACAUGCACCUCUGGGUAAACUGGGUGGGAGGUGGUAGUGUGCACGCAUUGGCACCUGACAAGGUAGGUGGGACUAGUUUAGUUCAGCGUGGACUGUUUGGACUGAAGGGUCUGUUUCCGUGGUGUAUGACUCUAUCCUCAAGAUGAUGUGUUAGCCAAAGUUUUUCUGCUUUAGAAAUGGGGUUAAAUCAAUAAUCUUCCAAAAUGAGAUUGUUAUGCCUGGAACUGUGCUUGGCGAUAAAUUCUGUAAGCAAUAGAAUGGUUUUGGUAAUAACUGGAUAAUUGUGAGCAUGAGUGUUUUUCAUCAGCUUCGAAUUAUUAGUUAAUCCACUCCUAUCCCUGCCAUCUUUAUAAACAAUAAAUGGUUAAUACUCAGUGAUUAACACUGCUGUUUCACAACACCAGGGACCCGGAUUCAAUUCCACCCUCUGGCCACUGUCUGUGUGCAGUUUGCAUAUCAUGCCGUGUCUCUGUGGGUUUCCUCCCACAGUCCAAAGAUGCGCAGGUUAGGUGGGCUGGCCGUACUAAAUUGCCCCAUAGUGUCCAGCAAUGUGCAGGUUAGGUGGGUUAGUCGUGGGGAAUGCAGGGUUACAGGGAUAGCAUAGGGUAGGAUUCGGUCUGGAUGGAAUGCUUUUGUGAACUCAGGCUGAGUGGCCUGCUUCCACACACUAGGGAAUCUAUGAAAUAAAGUCUGUACAUCCACUUUAAUAAGUAUGCUCAGGAUGAUAUAGAAAUAUCUUGAUCUGACUACCUGCAAUUGUUUUAUUUUUAGAAAUUGAUAAACAGUUAUAACACUGAAUAUUUCAGAAGAAAAAUUGACAGUAGGGUUGCAGUUUCUGAGAAACGCCGAAACACUUCUGGAAUUUCCCAGAUGUAAACAGGAAUUGAUACUCUGCAGUGUAACUUUCCUUGGCGUGUAAUAUAUUUCUCCUUACCUGAUUUCACUUGAGCCUUGUUAUGUGUAUAUGCAGUAGAAAUAAUUUGAGUUAAUUGUGCCAGUUCUGAGUUUAAAUCCUUGCAACCAUUACUAGAACUAGCUGCAAAUCAUCAUAAUAAUGCUGUUGAUUUAAAUUACUAGAAUUUGAUCUGUGGCCACUUUGUAAUGAGGAAAAGAUUGUCGCCUGUGGUUUGGGUUGGUAAUUUGCAACUUGUGUGUUAACUGUGUUCAUAUGUGGAGUAGAUAUAUGAUCAUAUGAGUCACCUGGCUGAAAUUUGAAAAAAUAUUUUAAUGCAAGUGAGAUGUAUUCAGUUCCGUUGAUCUAGGUUAUCUAAUGUAGGAACCCAUUCGCAUUCUGUCCAAUAUUUUCUUGUGAUCAUUGCCAGUAUGUAGGUAUAGCUCUGUGUAUUUUAUUUGCUUUGCAGUUCUGACCCAUUUCCAAUUUUGCAAUUCGAUUGUUUUAUGAGCUAGCAAAAUAUUUGUUAAAGGUUUGAAAACCACUGAGAAUGACUGAAUAUUUAACUUUUGCAUAAGUAUAGAAGCAGUGGGCAACCCAACAUUAAAAGACUUUCACUUACUAUAGCAAAGCAAGUAAAGACCCGCGACUGUUUUCUUUUUUUAUGAUGUCAGAUCCUUUUGAGGUUUGGGGGUAGGGGUUUCCAACAUUUUCCACACUUUCCCUCUUUCUCCGCACCACCCCCCAACACAUUUUAUUUGUUAAUGGAGUAGGAUCACCCAGGACCAACCUGCUUAUUUUGACAUGCACACACUUAGUGGUAACUACCACUAUCAUUAUGAAAAUAGCAUGUCACCUUCACGUUACAUCCUGAUUCUUCAGAAUGAUUUGGAGCCACAUCCACAGUAAAAUUUUAAUGCAAGUAUGAGGCCUGUAGUCUGGAGUGACACAACUUGUGAAAGCGAUGGAGAGAUGUUCUACAAUAACACGUAGUGUGAAGUAUUUGGCAUUAAUAUGAUGUCAGUGGAGGAGAGAAAAUGUUAACUUCUAAAUAUAAAGCCAUUGGUGAUCUAGUGUCAGCUUUGUAGUAGUGUACCAGGGUGAUGUUGUAAAAGUUCUGUUUACAAAUGUAAUGUUUAGCAUACCAAAGUAUCAUGGACAAGGGAAUAUGACUAUGUUGUGACAGUGUUAAGGUACACUUAAGCUUCUGAAACGUUUUGUCAGUAAAUUCAUUCCAACAGUCUCUGGGAUUUGAGGAGGGAGUUUAUUCAUGUGAAACUUUACUAGACCAUGUCCUAUCUGGUACAUGGAAAGAGUUGCUUCAAGUGAUUCCAUAGACAACUAAUGCUAUGCUGGCUCACCAAAUGCAUUUUUGCCUAAUAUUUUAACAUUUUUGAUCUUAUUGAAAAUGGUUGAGCUGUUCCCUUAGCAUUCCCAGCUGCCCCAACUACCAAAGCUUCAAAGUUAAACCUGUAUAUUUUGCUCUGGUAAAGAAUGUUGCCUUUAACACAUUAGUUUUGAGUUCUGUUGGUUUUAACUGUAAUGUAUCAAAUUGUUUGCAUUCCUGUUAAAACUGAGGAUUUAUUGGUCAAACAGCCAUUCUUUGGACAUUUUUAAAAACUUAUUUUAUAUUACAUUUGGCUUUAAUGGUUUUCUGAAGCUGUUUCUCUGUAUUUUUAUUUUUGUUAACUUUGUUUUAACAUCGGUAUAUUUUCAGCGCUUCCCAGAAGUGAAUUAAAACAUAAUGUUUUGGCAGUCAGCUGUCGAGCACUAAUGCAAUUGAAUACUUAAUGGCACCAUUUUUACCAGGUGUUGACUGUGGUGUAGCCUUGCUGUUUCUGAAUUGAGCAAGAAGUGUAAAUAUAAUUCGAUGCAAACAUGUCAACUGUAUUUGGAUUUAAAUUAUUUUAACAAAAUUAAAUUUUAUUUAAUGAAA